CGGCGCGGAUGUAUCUCGGCUGCAACAAGACUUUUGGAAACACAUUUCCCAGUCUUCAUAGUGCGGUUUUGUUGGGGGAAAUCUGUUCGGCAUUGUUGGGGGAGUCAUGUCGCGGAGGCUUGAGCCAACCGUCCUCCCCUCCGGAAGAAGAAGAAGAGGAUCUUGGAUGCGGGCCAACAGUAGCAGCAGCCGCACCGGCCGGGGAUGCUGCUGGUGAACCUGACUCCCCCAUCAGCUGUAAUUAACCACCAUGGCCCAGCAGUCCUCUACUGCACCUGCUCCAUCAUCCUCCGCCUGAAUAUGACCUGCACUCCACCCCCAUCAUCGACAUCUGUCCGCUCGAGCUGUCGCCUUUUCGCCCACGAUGACAGGAGGUUGAACGCUUCAGAUUUCAGCACAUGUAGGCCCUUUAUGUCGCUUAUGGAUCACGUUGUCGCCUCUGAUCUGGUGUUUUGAACCGCUGUGGUUGCUGUUAAUAGACAACCAGUCUGCAUCUCCUGCCAGCAUCGAUUUUUGUUUCCAGUAAAUAUUUUUACCCGGAGAUGGGCUGCGUCCACUGCUGCAACUCACAAUGCUCUCCAGGGAUCUGAGUUUCAAGCUUUCCUUACCACAUUUGCCAUGAUGGCCCUGUGACAACGACCGAAACCCAGGCUCUGAAGUUUUAUUUGGACCUUGAACUGCCUUUAGGCGCAGCAGAGUUGUGUCCAUGCUGUGGUUGUUUCUCAGCGGGGGAAGAAGCUGAAGCUUGCACGCUGCUGCCCAGCGUGUGCCCCCGUGACUUCACAUCACAGGGUGUGGAUGUGCUGACAACCCUACAACGUAGAGUCAAGGAGCUUUUACCUUUCCCACUCAGGUUUAAACCAUGGCCAAUGAACCUGUCAUCCUUAACGUGUAUGAUAUGUACUGGAUAAAUGAAUACACCUCCAAUCUGGGCAUUGGAGUCUUCCACUCAGGCAUUGAGAUUUAUGGCAGAGAAUUUGCAUAUGGCGGACAUCCCUACCCUUUCAGUGGUAUCUUUGAAAUCAACCCUGGCAAUGCUGCUGAACUGGGAGAAACUUUCAAAUUUAAGGAGGCUAUUGUUCUGGGCACAACAGACUUCACAGAGGAGGACAUAGAUAAAAUCAUGGAGGAGCUCGGUAAAGAGUUCAAAGGGAAUGCCUACCAUCUAAUGCACAAAAACUGCAACCACUUCUCAUCCUCGUUGUCCGAGUUACUGUGUGGACGAGAAAUCCCUCGCUGGGUGAACAGACUGGCAUACUUCAGCUCCUGUAUCCCCUUCCUGCAGAGCUGCCUUCCCAAGGAGUGGUUAACCCCGGCCGCCCUACAGAGCCACAUCAGCCUCGGCCUCCACAGAGAGGAGCAAAACGAGUCGAGCGACGAGGACCCUUCGUCGACACCUGGCGCAGCAGCUGCUGGCUCCUCCCACAGCUGUCGUCACACCAGGGUGUGAACUGCCCCCUCAUACUCUGGCUUCUGGACCUACUUGCCACUGCUGCUCAUGGCUUUAGUAGGCCUGAACAACCACCUGACCUCAUACUGUUUGGCAAAGAGGCAGGAGUGUCCUCUUCAGAAAAGGAACUAAUGCCAGAGACUUCAUACUUACAGAGACUUGAAGCAUGGCUGAGACUUUGACAAUAACCACUUGUAGUUUGGAAGUUUGUAGUACAUUAUUCUUAGUCUUUUCCACCAAGUUUGAAACCUUUGUCAGCCUUGUUCCCUGGUCUGCCUUCAAAGCUGCUUUUGUAGAAUAACUUCAUAGAUAGUGAUAUUAACAGGAAACUGCUAAUUUGCUCAAUUUCAGCAAGUUCUCGUUAAAUAACCUCUUUGUGGCCUUCAGUUGAUAUUGUUGACUCUGCUUUCGUUUGCGUGGAACUUUUCUUUGGCCGUUCUAGGGGUUAAAGAGUGUUUGUUUCCUGAGUUCAGUCUGAAUGAGAGCAAAUGUUGAGGGACUUUGAUAAAAACAACUAAACUAAACUGAGAUACCUUUGAGCAUGCCAUCAAAUGUUCCUUCUGUUUUUUAUUUGUAAAGAAAUUCUAUUUAUUGGAGGGUUGUUUUAAAGUGGUAGUUAGAUGUCAAACCAGUUACUCACUGGUUGCAAAAGACCUCAAGAAGUUGCUGUUCUUACAGCUUCUGGCAGCCUGCUCACAAUCUGUGAACAUUUCAGACCCAACCACUCCAAAAAUAAAAAGAAAAUUUAAGCUUC